AUGUUUCGGAGGGCUGGGCGUUGUAGAUGCCUGUGGCCUCUCCGACGUCCCGCACAUAGAGAGCUUACAAGAGAAAUCGCAGUGCGCCCUCGAAGAGUACUGCCGAAGUCAAUAUCCAAACCAGCCAACGAGGUUCGGGAAACUACUUCUAAGACUACCCUCACUACGGACUGUCAGUUCGCAAGUGAUAGAACAACUAUUCUUCGUGAGGCUAGUCGGAAAGACCCCCAUAGAAACUCUCAUCCGAGACAUGCUCCUCUCUGGAAGCUCCUUCUCCUGGCCCUACAUGGCGACCAUGUGACAUUCGAUGUGGCGUCAGCUAGCGGCGGCCUGAUCCACACCUUACGGCUUCCCGCCGUACCUACCUGGCCAGCGCAUCGACUUCCGGUACCGAGACGCAUCCGAGGACGCUGUGACGUCAUCCAGCGAGGUCCCCGAAGACACGAUCGCGCCAGAAGACUUCUUCGCGAGGAGCAGAGACAGCGAUGCCGGUCCUUGUCCCACGUUCGAGUCAGCCUUCUACCCUCCUAA